GAUUGGCACGCAUUUGGGGAAGGCUGGCAGGCAGAUAGGAUGCCCCCCACUCCACGCAGGGUUAACCCUACCCUUUAGAGGAGGUCCCCCCGCCGAGUCCCCCAGCGAUUGGCUUGCUAUCGGGAGGAGCUUGAGAUCUUUCCAAGCCCCGCCGCUCGCGAGAGCAAACCAAACUCGGAGGUGGGGAGAACAGUCGCUUCCCUGCGCUCGGUGCUUGCUAGCCUGCGGUCAUGGAGCUGCGAGCGAUCCCCGUCUUGCGCGCCGCCGUGAUGCUGGCCGCCUUGGUGCUGGGCGCCUCCGCGGGCAGCGAAGGCGAGCGGGAAACCGUGGAUCCUGGCAAGCUUCUGGUCCUAACUGCUGCCACGGAGAGAACAGAGGGAUACCGGCGCUUUCUACGGACUGCCAAAUAUUUCAACUACACGGUCAAGACUUUAGGGCUUGGUGAAGAUUGGAAAGGAGGGGAUGUUGCCCGGACAGUCGGCGGAGGUCAGAAAGUCCGUUGGCUGAAGGCUGAAAUGAAGAAAUACGCAAACGAAGAGGAUCUUAUUGUCAUGUUUGUGGACAGCUAUGAUGUGAUCCUGGCUGGAAGCCCAAUUGAGCUUCUUUGGAAGUUCCUGCAGCUUAAGAGCAACCUGGUCUUCUCGGCGGAAAGUUUCUGCUGGCCGGAGUGGUCCCUGGCUGAAAAGUACCCCCCGGUGACCUUGGGCAAACGCUUCCUCAACUCUGGAGGGUUCAUCGGCUAUGCCCCUGUCAUCAACCGCAUUGUCCAGCUGUGGAAGUACAAGGAUGAUGAUGAUGACCAGCUGUUUUACACACGCAUUUUCUUGGAUCCUGCCUUGCGUGAAAAAUACGGGAUCGCCCUGGAUCACACGUCCAAAAUCUUCCAGAACCUGAACGGGGCCAUUGACGAGGUAGUGCUGAAAUUCGAGCAGACCCGAGUGCGUGCCCGGAACGUUGCGUAUGAUACCCUUCCCGUGGUUAUCCAUGGCAAUGGACCUACCAAGUUACAGCUGAACUAUUUGGGGAAUUACAUCCCCAAUGCCUGGACAUACGAGGGGGGAUGUGAGGUGUGCGAUGAUGACCUCCUGGACCUCUCGGACGUGCCAGAAGAGUCAUAUCCACGUGUUCUGCUGGGUGUCUUUAUUGAAAAGCCUACACCGUUCCUGCCUCAGUUUCUCCAGCGUCUUCUGACUUUGGAUUAUCCUUAUUCUCACCUCAGCCUUUUCCUCCAUAACCAUGAGGUGUAUCAUGAGCCCCACAUCCAAGCUGAGUGGGAUCAACUUCGCAAGGCCUUUGCCAGCGUCAAACUGAUAGGGCCGGAGGAGGAACUGAGUGAGGGUGAAGCCCGAGAUAUGGCUAUGGAUCUGUGCCGACAGGAUUCUUCCUGUGACUAUUACUUCAGCCUUGAUGCCGAUGUGGUGGUGACAAACCCAGAAAUCCUGCAAAUACUUAUGCAGGAGAACAAGUACGUGAUUGCUCCCAUGAUGUCUCGCCAUGGCAAGCUUUGGUCUAACUUUUGGGGCGCCCUCAGCCCGGAUGAAUAUUACGCCCGCUCAGAGGACUAUGUGGAACUGGUGCAAGGCAAGAGAAUGUAAGUGGAUGCUUUGAGCAAAUGGAUGGUUGUCUGGGUGGUUUUUGAGGAGCUCAAGACUUCUACAAGUCAACCAGAUGUGUCAGCCUUCCCAGAUAGACCAGACAGGAAACACAACCAGAUGAGCUAAUUCUAC